CGAGGCGCCGGCCGCGACGGGCUCCGGAGCCGCCAGCAUGGACGGGCCCCCCGAGGACGGAGCCGCCAGCAUGGACGGGCCCCCCGAGGACGACGUGGUUCUGUUGGCGGAUGAGAAAUUUGACUUCGACCUCUCGCUGUCGUCCUCGAGCGCCAACGAAGACGACGAGGUCUUUUUCGGACCGGUCGGGCACAAGGAGAGAUGCGUGGCUGCCAGCUUGGAGCUGAACCACCCCGUUCCCGAGGAGCCGCUCCUGCCGGCCUCGGACGGCCGCGUCGCCUGGAGCCCCCUCGCGGGGGAGAAGUUCGUGGAGGUGUACACGGAGGCGCGCCUGCUGGCCCUGCAGAUAGAGACCAGCAGCAGGGCCCAGGCUGCCCGGCCCGAGGCCCCGAGCGGCCAGGGCGCCGAGCACUUCAUCCAGGAGGCCCAGUCAAAAAUAAGCCUCUUUGAGAGAGAAAACUGGGCGAAGAAAAGCCCCCAGUCGCUUAAAAGGGAGACUUACUGCCUGCCAGACGCCCCGCUGCGGGGCCCGCCGCCCUCAGCGGCCCAGCGCCCCGUGGGACUCCCCCCGACGCGGGGGCCCCCACAGCUUUCCCGUCCCCUGCUCCUGGGUCCGAGAACCGCGCGCCCUCCCGAGCAGGCCGGGCCUCAGAAGAAGGCUGCCAGCAAGUUGCUGCCACCGCGCGCGGCCGGAGCCCGAGGGGACCCCUGGGCCUGGCGGCAGGAAAGGCUCCUGCCCUCUGAGCCGCUUGGGGAACCGCGCUCAGUGGGUUGGCGGCAGCAAGUGGCGUUUCUAGAACGAGGUGACGUGGCUCUUGUGCGGGAGGCGUGGGGUGUGGCUGGAGGUGGUGGCUCGGGCCACCCGUUCUGGGCCGUUCUUUUCCUGGCCCCAGGCGACAUCUGGUGCUGGGGAGCUUGGGGAGCUGCUGGGUGGGCUUGGCUCCGGGACGGGCAGGGUGAGGGCAGCCAGGGGGCUCUGUCCUGCACCCCGUGUUGGUGUUGGCCUGGGCCUCUGCUGGGCCCGGUGACUCGAGGGGAACAGAGUCCCCCUCGGCCUGGGGCUGGCGAGGGUGGGCGCCAGCGCUUGUGCUUCCCGGGAGCCUUAGCCUGUCCCGUCUCAGGCCACCUGGUCCUCACGCAGCGAACGAAACCUUUCCAGCCCGCGAGAGAGAUGCCAGCCAGUCCUUCCCGGGGGAAGCUCCCAGGUGAAAAGGAACCCCAGGGGGACGUGCCCUCGGUCCCGUCCAGCGUUGCCGGGGACAUCACUGGCCUGCCAGCUGGUGACAGCCACGCGGCGCCGGGCAAGCGCUCGCUCCCUGUUCCGCACAAGCUGGGGCUGAGGAGGACGCUGCUCAGAGCCCCCGGCGGCGCGGGCAGCCUGGCCAGGAGGCCCUCUUCCCUGGGGUCUGCUCCCCGCAAGGCUGCGGGCGCGGCUCUGGCACCAGGCCCAGCCAAACCAGGUGGCCGGCCCGGUGCUCCCACAGACGGCCCCCCGCCGCCUCCUGACCCCGGCCGGCCGGGCAGCAGCACCGCUGCCCUGCCCCGGACUCCUGCGCAUGGGGGCCCAGGGCCGCGCGCGCGCCCCAGUCUGACCCAGUCUUCCCAGCCGAGUGGGACGGGCGGCGCGAGAAGGCGAGGCUCCUCUCUGGGCCCCAAGCCGGAGGGGGCGCCUGCUCCUGCCAAUCCAUUUAAAAUCCCCAAGUUUUCUGCCGGUGAGCCCCCCGACAGCACCACGCCACAGCCCCUGUGGGCGCAGAGGCCGCAGUCCUGCACGUCUGCGGGGAGGCCUGCCCUGCAUAGCACCCCUGCCAGGUGCUUGUCUACACCAGCCACGCAGAGCUGCUCGCAUGGAGCCAGGACCCCGGCCAGCAUCAGGCGCCUGUCAGCCUUGCCCACGCCGGCUGGCCGCCGGCUCUCCAGCCUCCCCCUGGCAACCCCCCGAACCAUGCCCCGGGCUCUGGCCUCCCCGCUGUGUGUUACUGCUCGGCAACUAUCUCCUGAACCCCAGGAAAAGCCCUUGGUGAGAGCUGCACCUUUGGGGGAGAGUGGAGACCAGGCUGCUCCUGGGCGCCCCGACACGUCCCCCGACAGCAGCUUUUCUCCGCCGUCCGCUGUGCCGCAGGCACUUAACUUUUCUCCAGAGAAGAAUGAUUUUCCUUUUUCACCGAGUGUCCCCACACAAGUAGCCCCGGAUGAAACGCGGCCACUGUCAGACACAUCCCCGCGAGAGGCCAUUCUUGUGGAUAUCAGGCUAGAUGAACUUAUGAUCACCCCCAAAGUGGAGAGCACACCCCUCAUUGACCUUCCCCUCAUUGACUUUGGUAACACUCCUGAAGCAAACGCGGCUUUGGGCCUGGAGAGUCGACCUCUGAUCGACCUUCUGGUCAACACCCCGGACCUCAGCAGGGGUGCCCCGCCCAAGCCCAUCCACGAGGUGGUGCAGCUGAUAGACCUGACGUCCCCGCUUAUCCAGCUGAGCCCCGAGGCUGACAAAGAAAACGUGGACUCGCCGCUCCUCAAGUUCUAAGCAGACCAAGCCCUCUGCCUUCAGUCUUUGUUAAAAACAGCUCUGCGGGGGUUUCAGCCUCUGGGGUACACUUCGGGAAAACUAUUGGAAAAGGGAAGCGAGAGGCGGACCGGGUGGGUGCUGGGGCGGGCCUGGAGGCGGUGCCCUGCGCGCGGGGCUUCUCCCCAGGUGCGUCUUGGUCUUUGCUUUGCGUCUUUUACCGGUGAAGCAGCGAGUGGCUUUAAAAAUAAGUUUGUAUGAAAGGUUAAAUAUUCUUGAUUUAAAUUAAAUUGUAAAAUAAACGUGUUGAAAGUUAUUUUUACCGCUA